CUCUCGCUCACGCACUCGUACUUUGACAUUGACGUCAAGACGAACCCACUGCUGCAUCUCUGGUCGCUCGGCGUCGAAGAGCAAUUCUACAUCUUUUGGCCGCUGCUCGCGUCGCUGCUCAUGCGUCUGAGCUACCGCAAGGCGAUCGCACUGCAGCUGGCGGUCGUCGUCGUCAGCUUUGGCAUCAACGUGAGUCUUCUCGGCGUUCAAGGCAGCAACAAGUGGUCGUUUUACAUGCCACUGAGUCGGUUCUGGCAAAUGGCGCUCGGCGGUCUUCUCGCCUACCUCCACUGCACAGCGAUCGUCGAGGUCGAGGUCGAGGUUGAGCCCGAGGUCGAGCCCGAGACAGAGACCGAACCGUCGGUCCUCGAGCACGCGGUGCAGCGCGUCGCAGCCAUGUACGUUGCCGCCGCGCCGUCCAGCCGCGACCAAGUCGUGUCGAUUGUCGGGCUCGGACUCGUCCUCGUUGGCUUUGCCAGCGUGAACGAAGACCGGCUCUUCCCGGGGUUCUGGGCCCUUCUCCCGACGCUCGGCGCGACGCUGCUCAUCGCCGCCGGUCCCGACGCUGCCUUCAACAAGCAUGUUUUGGGCCAUCCACUGCUCGUGUACAUUGGCAAGAUCAGCUACUGUCUCUACCUCUGGCACUGGCCGCUCCUCGUCUUUGCCAUCGAGCGGUACCCGGACGCGAGCAGCCGCCCAGCGUACAUGGCGCCGUGGGUCAUGCUUGGCAUCUCGCUGCUGCUGAGCGUUCUUACGUACGAAGACGUCGAGAAGCGGCUCCGGCGCCGCACGUCCAAGCUCGUGACGCCGCUGCUCGUGCUCUGCGUGAUGGCGCUCGGGGUCCUUGCGGCGCUCGCGUAUGCGUCGCCGACGCACUACUCGGCCAUUGAGCUCGACUUGGCGGCCAGCAUGGACUCGGACUUUGCUUCGACAGCCGAUAUGUCGGUGGUCGCGACGACAGCGCCGGCAGGGGUGAUCCAAGACGUGGUGCCAACGGCGACCUUGGCCGCGGUCGUCGCACAAGUGAACGCAUCGACGGCUGCUGCUGCAUUGAAUGCGUCCACGGACCUUGCCCACAGCACGGUUGCGCCGGUGGCAGCUGCCGAGAUCAAGGCGACAGUGGCGCCGACGCCUGCUGUCCCCAAAAAUUUCGCCAAGACGACGGUAAAGAUGGCUCGUCAUGCUAUUGCCGACGGGGAAUGGGAUAAACCCAUACCUGGUUAUUGCCCGACCGACACGCCGUAUAUCACAACCGCCAAGCUCCGCGAGCCAUUCCCGUUCAAGGACCCGACGUACGCAGGGUACCCGGAGCGGUGCCAGGCCAUCAACCCUAGACACGAGGCUAACGGCGUCAUCGUCGUCCUCGGUGACUCGCACGGUGACAUGUCCAAGCCCCGCUUUGCACAGCUCUUCAACGAGAGCAUUGCGGCCAAGCAGCCGUUCCCGACCGUCGUCUUCAAGACCCGCUGGGGCCGCGCGAUGCUGCCGUGCCGCCCCGAGUUUGCGCAGAACAUCGAGAUGCUCAAGACGCUCAAGCCAAAUGUUGCGCUCUUCGUCGUACACUGGGUGCAGUACCUCAACCCAGGCGCCCCAAAAAACAAGCCAGCAAGCCACCCGCCGGUGUGCUGCAUGUACGAAGGCGCCCCGUGCAAGGAGCAGAGUCUCGCCGAUGUCGAUGCGAUUCUGGCAGAGUUCCAGAGCCAACUGCUGGCCGUGUCUGCCCUCGGCAUCAAGGUGUUUGUCGUCGACCAGAGUCCCGAGUACGCGCGCAUAAACCCCAACGCAUGGAUCCAAGGCGACAAGGUCAAGCUCCCGGCGCCCGUGAGCCGCGCAACCUUCCAAAAGGAGAAGACCUGGCUCUUUGAGCGCCUGCAUCCGACCUUCACGGCGGCCAACGCCACCGUGAUCGACUAUGCGGACGACUACUCGGACGGCGAUACGCUCAAGCUGACGGACGCAUAUGGCGAGCCCACGAUGUGUUUCGGCGGCCACCUCUCGACGUACACCGCACGCAAGCAUCUCCACGUGCUCGAUCGGGUCGUGCAGGCUGCAUUGGUCGUCUAGGCUCGACCCCAGCAUGCUAAUAAUCUUUCCAGCAUUAGAUAUGUAUAUUAGUCAAUCGAAUACCUUUUUU